UGUUGUGUUUAGCUCGCUAACGUUAGCACACAAAGAAUAUCAUCCUGUUUCACAACCUAAUGUCCCAAAUAAAACAGUCAGGAUGAUGGAAUCAUGCCUGAACAACAAGGCUGACAGACGGGAACAGGUAGAGGUCGACGAUUUGAAGAGGGAUCUCUCAUCAGAAUUCAGCCCUGUGCCAGACCCACAGCACUCCAGCAUAGAGGAGAAGGAACACCUUCAGGUCUACCUCCGCAUCCGACCCUUCAGCUCAGCAGAGAACAAUAAUGGAGAGUCACAGGACUGCGUUACCAUCGAACCCCCUGACACAGUUCUGCUGAAGCCUCCCAGUUUGUCCCUCUCAGCGAGGCUUAGCACUGACAAAUCACUUCCGCAGACUGGACAGCGCUUCCAGUUCUCUCAGGUGUAUGGUCCUGAGACGACGCAGAGAGAGCUCUUUCAAGGCACCGUAAAGGAUUUGGUAAAAGAUGUUCUUGAAGGGGGAAACUCUCUGGUUUUCACUUACGGAGUCACCAACGCUGGAAAAACCUUCACAUUCUUAGGUCCAGAUGCUGAUGCAGGGAUGCUGCCCAGGUCCCUCGAUGUAAUUUUCAGCAGUAUUGAUGAACAGAUUUUCACUGGGAUGAGCAUCAAACCUCACCGCUGCAGAGAGUUUAUGCGGCUCACCGGGGAGCAGCAGGCGGAGGAAGUGGCGUUCAAGAGGAACUUCUUCAGACAACUUAAAGAGAGUGAAAGGAGCAAUGCCAGCCUGUUGAACUUGACCAAUAAGACUCUCCUUGAAGGAUCCUCCAUGCUGGGAACCACUGUAGCAGCAGAGGACAAAAUCAGCCUGGAGGUGGAAACACACACUAAGUUCUCUGUAUGGGUUUCUUUCUGUGAAAUCUAUAAUGAGAGCAUUCAUGACCUCCUAGAGGUGGUACCAAGCGGGGUCCUGAAGAGGACCGCACUGCGCCUGUCACAAGACGUUAAGGGCAACGCCUUUGUCAAAGAUCUGCGUUGGAUUCAGGUAAAUAAUGCAGAAGAGGCUUACAAAGUGAUGAAGCUGGGCAGGAAGAACCAGAGCUUCUCUUCCACCCGACUCAACCAGCUCUCCAGCAGAAGUCACAGUAUUUUCUCAAUUCGCAUAUUGAGAAUUGAAGAUAUUGGGACCCCGAGGGUCCACGCAGUCAGUGAGUUGUGUCUGUGUGACCUGGCUGGAUCGGAGCGAUGCGCCAAGACCCAGAAUAAAGGGGAACGUCUAAAAGAAGCCGGAAACAUCAACACCUCACUGCUCAUUCUGGGAAAAUGCAUCAACGCACUGCGACACAAUCAGCAGGCCAAGCUGCUUAAACAUGUUCCCUUCAGGGAGAGCAAGCUGACCCACUACCUGCAGGGCUUCUUCUGUGGUCGAGGUAAAGCCUGCAUGAUCGUCAACAUCAACCAGUGCGCCUCCAUGUACGAUGAGACACUCAACGUCCUCAAAUUCUCUGCUGUGGCACAGAAGGUUGUGGUUCUGUCCACAAGGACCCCUCAGAUCAUGCCCAUAAAGUCCACCAGUGAGGUAUCCCUCAUCAUCAACAAUGCUGAGAGGAAGGCUCUGAGGGGCAGCAGGAGGAGCUCCCUGAUUGGCUGGGACAGUAGCCUGGAGGACGUUCAGGAGGAUGAGGAUGAUGAGUGUGAGGAAGGAAGGAGCCUGAUGGAGGACACGAUGGAUCAGACAGGCCAUGACGAAGACGUCAAUGAAAGUGAUAAUAAAAUUCUCAUCGAUAAAAGGACACACCAGAGGCAGGUGGCGCUGUUGAAACAGCUGCAGGUCCAGGUGAAGAAGGAACGAGCCGAGGGCCUGCUCAUGGAGGCCCGAGUCAGAGAGGACAUCAGCAGAGAGUUUUCAGAGCUCUUCUCUGAGAUGCAGAAUGACUACAAUGACCGCCUGGCGAGGGAGAGAGAAAUCUUGGAGGAGCGAGCAGAGAGGAGGCUCGAGAUCUUCAAGGACCUCAUUGACAAAAUGGCUGCCCCUGGACCAAGUCAAGAUGCACAAGUCAUGGAUACAUCUCUGGACUCAUUCUCCUCUGACCUGGCAGAAAUAAAGAAGGCCGCUGAGGCUGCUCACAAAUGUCUGGGUUCAGGCCGAGCAGGAGGCACAGGAGACGCUGUGGAGGAGUUGGAGAGGAAGGUGUUGGAACUGAAUGAGCACCACCGAAAAGUCCAAGAGCAGAUGGCUCACAAACACAACGGUGAAGUCAGUGGAGUAGAAGAUGAGGAGAAAAGGAGGCUUCUCUCUCAGCUUCAGGAGAAGUCGUCAGAGAUUGCCCGACUGGAGAAACAAGUGGGAGACCUGCAGAAGGUGGCAGAGCAGGGCUCACAGGGCCAUUCCUUACUGGUGGAGGAGGGAAGUUCACAGCUACAGGAGGCGCUGGCUGCCCUUGAGAAGGAGAAGAGGGGCAGAGAGGAGGCCCUCGCUGCUCUGGAGUACCAGACUAUGGGAAGAGAGGAGGCACUGGCAUCCUUAGAGGAGGAGAGGAAGGCAAGAGAGGAGGCCCUUUCCAUAGUCGGGGAGCUGAAGCAAAGCAAAGAGGAGGCGCUGGCUUCCCUUAAAGAAGAAAGAGAAAUCAACAAGAAAGCUGUGGCAGACCUUGAAGCUGAAAGAAGAGCCAAGGAGGAAGCUAUUGCUGCUCAUUUAGAAGAGAAGCAAAGCAGGGAGGACACCGCUGCUGCUCUCAGUCAAGAGAGGAGGGACAAAGAGGAGGCUCAGUCUGCUCUGGAGGAGGAGCGCAAGGAGAUCAGCAGACUGGUUGAGGAGAAAGAAAAGAGGCAACAGGAGGGUGAUGCUCUACAACAAGAAGCGAGUGAGCUGACUGCCAGACUCGAAGCCAUAGAACAGCAGGUGACCAGCAAGACAGAGAGAGCUGAACAAAUGUUACUCCAGCUACAAACUUCUCAGACACAACUGGACGGACACUCUAAGGAGAUCCAGGAGAAAACUUCUCAGAUUGAGACCCUGACACAGGAAAUUCAGAGCCUGAAACAGGAACUGCAGACUUCAGCAUCAUCUGAUGGUGUCAGUGAUCAGCUGAGAGAGGAAGUGUCAGAGCUCCAGAAGAAUCUGUCUGAGGAAAAGGACAAAAAUGAGAGCAAGCUCAGACAAAUGCUGACGCUGGAGCACGAGCUCGGACAGACAAAAGAAGAGUUAGCACACAGCCAGCAGAUCUCCAACCAGCAGCUGAAACAGUUAACAGGGAAGUGGAAUCUGCAAGAAGCAGCUUUAAAGCAGCAAGUUGAAGAGCUGAGAAAGCAGCUUCUGGAGAAAGAAGAGACAUCGCGGCAAUCACUGGAUGAACUGGAUGAACAUGCUUUCAAAGAAGAAAUAAAACAGCUGAGAACAAAACUUGAGGACCAAACACAGGCCGACAAAGUCACUGAGAAGCUGCGAGAACAAGAAGUGGUGUCACAGCAGCAGUUGGAGGAGUUAAAACAAAAACUGAGUGAACAAAAACUAAACUUUGACAAACAUUUAGAUGAUCUCAAACAAAAGCUCAGUGAGCAAGAGCAAACUGCAGAGCUUCUCAAGAGCCAACUAGAAAAAGCUAACAGUUCCUCCAGCUCUGCUGCUGAGGAGGAUCUCAAGAGGCUGAACUCUGAUCUUCAGGCUGAGAUCGCAUCCCUCAGGUCAAAGCUUUGCAACACAGAAGAAACUUCCAGCAAGACUGAAAUUCAGCUUGCCUCUUCAAAGACGGACAUACAGAUAGAGGAGCAGCUAGCCGAAGCGGGGAAAGCAGCUGCAGAGAGGGAGGCAGAGCUUCAGAAAAAGCUGCUGGAAAAGGAGGCAGAGAUAAAAUCCCUGCAGAAGAGCCUGCAGAAGGCGCAGGAGCAGCGGGAGGAGGAGGAGAGCCAGGCAGUCCAGGAGGCCCGGUGCAGGGAGGUGGAGAGGCGCAGGGAGCUGCUGGCUGUGGCGCAUGAGGCCAUUGCUCAGAAAGACUUAGAGCUGGAGAAGAAAGCUAAGGAGAUCAACAGACUAAAAGAAAGUGCCAAGCAAGACUCGGACAAAGUCAAGAGCCUCAGCCUCGACCUUCAGAGAAAAGAGGACGACACUUCAGACCUCAGAGAGAAACUGGCUGACUAUAAGAAGCAGAUCCAGCAGGUCCAGAAGGAGAUCUCAACCAUGAGAGAGGAGGAAAAGCUUUUGAGGCAGAAGCUUGCUGACAUGGAAAAAGCCAAAAAGCAGCUUCAGUCUGAUGUUGCCAACAGAGAUAGAACCAUUCAGCAGCUCAAAGUGGAACAAUCAUCUGACACCAAGUCUGACCAGGCGCUCUACCUGAAGGCCUGUAAAGACCUUGAAGCCAAGGAGCGUGUGAUGGAGGAUAUGCGUUUGGCUCUGACGGAGCAGGAGGAGACACAGGACCAGAUGGAGCAGGUGUUGGAGGAGAAACUUAACGUCAUCCAGGAGCUCUCCAGCGAGGUCGAGACAUUGAAAGGGAUGCUGUUGCAGCAGGACAGACGUGGGAAUGACACACAGCGUCAAGUUGACAGCCCAUCAGAUGACCUCAAACUGGCCAAACUGGAAGCUGCCCAGGCUCAGGAAAGCUUGAAGCUGUGUAACGAGAAACACCAAGCCGAACGCAAAAAGUGGCUGGAGGAGAAGCUGUCCCUAAUCGGCCAAGCUAAGGAGGCGGAGGACAAGAGGAACCAGGAAAUGAGGAAGUUCGCAGAAGACAGAGAGCGAUUCACUCGACAGCAGAGCCAGCUGGAGUCCUUGUCCUCCCAGCUGUCUGAGAAAGAGCAGGCCAUGGAGAAGUGGAGGAAGGAGAGAGACACUCUGGUCGCAGCUCUGGAGGUCCAGCUGCAGAAGCUCCUCACCGGCCAAGCAGAGAAGGACAAACUCAUCCAACAGCUGCGCCAAAAUCACCCACAGCCACCACAAGAGGAUGGUGAUGGUGGUGAUGGUGGCGUUAGUUUGGCUGAGCUGCAGGCUGCUCUGUCUGAAAAGGAAGCAGAGAUCCUACGACUGAAGGAAGAGCUCAAGGCCUCAACAGCCAAACAGGACGACACGGUCACACAGACUGAAAGAAAUGAGAGUCCUGCUACAUUGGCUGGGAAACCCCAGAGUGAAACCAUUAAAAGGAAGUCAGGUGGAAGGAGGGACGCCAGAGCAUCCGUCAGCAGUCAGGGCUCAGCUGGCUAUCCAUCCGUGCUGGAGUCCUCUGAGAUUUCCACAGAGAACGGCAGGACGAGCCGCUUCCCGCGGCCGGAGCUGGAGAUCUCCUUCAGCCCUCUGCAGCCAAACCGCAUGGCUCUGCGACGCCAGGGAGAGGAGAGCGCUGUCACUGUCAAAAUCACCCGCUCAGCACGCAAGAGAAAGAGCGGAGAGAUGGAGAAGUCUCAUAUUUUUAGGAGGAGUAAAAGACGAACGACACAUGAGGAAGAGGUGGAGGCAGAGAACAGAAGGAAUACGCGGACCAAAAUGACACCAAAGCUGACCCCACACCAAGAGGAGGUCUCUUCCUCAGCGGGUCGCCAUAACUCCCAGAGCAGCAUCCACAGCAGAAAGGAGGGAACCCUGCAGAAAAUCGGAGACUUCCUGCAGAGCUCCCCGACGCUGCUCGGCAGCAAAGCCAAGAAGAUGAUGAGUCUGGUGAGCGGUCGGGGUGAUGCAGACUCAGCAGCCUCCUCUUCGUCGCUCAGUCUGAGAGCCAAGAAGAACAAAAGGAAACUCUACAGGCCUGAGAUCUCCUCGCCCAUGGACAUGCCCUCGCAUCCAAUCAUCAGCAGAGAGCCAGAGGAGAAAGAAAGUGACCAUCAGAUCAUUAAGAGGCGCCUUCGCUCCAGGAUGGCUAAAUAAUUAACCCAAUUACAGUACUGUACACCAUCUUUUUCCUCUUCUUUUUUUAAUUAACACUAUCUUAAAAUGAAGGGAGCAUUUAGCUGCUUAUACAUGUAUCCCCUAUUACUAUGUUACAAUGGCUGAAAAGUUCCAUAAUAUACCUUUUAAGUUAUCCUAUUUAAUCUUAAAAUCUAUUUGAAUAGUUAAAUACUAAAGUAGAGCAAAAUCACUAAUAUACAGCUGAUAACAUGACAGUUAAAGAAUAGUUUAAGAUUUUGGAAAGCACACUUAUUCGCUCAGAGAAAAGCUCGUUAUCACUCAAAUCUGUGAGCUCAGUGUGAAAUCACCUCCCAGCACCUCUAAAGCUCACUAACUUGCUUUUGUUAGUUUAAUACAAACAGAUGUGCGGUUUUAAUGAAUGCUGUUAAAAGUGGUAUGAAUAAGAUAGAUCAUGUCAUUUCACACUGUGUCGUACCUGGAUACGACACAAACGAGCGUCAGCGACUAAAUCAGUUUAAUCACACGGUUUUCUAUGGCUGUCCUAGCUGGCCGAGCGACACGGCACGCCGUUUUGAGCUGAACUUUCAACCAACAUACGGUUUCUAUUUAAUUCUUGUUGCUUGUGUGCAGCUGAUUUAUGAGGCGGAAAUGAGGAGUUAUUCAUACAAUAUCUACUUAUUUCACUAAAUAAGGUGUCAGCUGUCUGGAAGGAGAUCAUCAGGGAGCUGAGUGCUGAAAAAAAACUACCUUUUGUUGGCUAUAUUGUGUUUCAUUUCCGCUAAAUAUCAAAAUAAAAAACAUGUUUUCUGUUAAAGAAAAUAUAUAAAUGUAGGGAACAAGUGCUCUUCCGUCUCUGAGCGCACAGCUGAUAGAUGUUUUGUUUAGGCUGAACCGUUCCUUAUUAAGCAAAAUGAGCGUUGCCAGAGAGCAUCCGACCUAACGUGAGGAGGCAUUAUAGCUGGAUGCUAACUUGGUGUAUGAGCACUGAGUGACCAUCACACAUGUUCCCCAAAAUGUUGAGCUAUUCCUCAAAAUACUGACAAACGAUCAAAUCUACUUCUGUCUAACAGAAAGUUUUUUUCUCUUUGAGUUAUGCUAUGUUGUCCACAUUUAUGAUCAAAUGACCGCAUAUAUUCUAUGAAACAGUAAGCACUCUCAGUUUUUAUUUUAUACACAAAAGAUGCUGACUUUUUUUUUCUUAACCUUGAUGUGCAAUUUUUUCACUGAAAUAUCUGGGCUGGGCUGGAGUGUGGCAGUUUAUUUUUACUUCAUGUGAGUUGGAUCCAACAGUUAAAAUUUAGUCUCAUUUUUCAAACUUUUGUUUUGCUGUUUAUUAUCAGCAGAUGCAAAUUACCUUUUUUCGCAAACUAUCUUAUUUUCUAAAAGUGAUUUCAACAAAGCUGCUAAGGGGGUGUUAAAAGCAUCAGUUAUUGUUCUUAGCAACUUUUUUCUUCUAUUUCCAUAAUGGUUGGGAUAUUUAAACGUUCAGUGCCUCCGAGUAUUCUCUGUAUUCAGCUGUAAAACAUCCACUACACAUUCACUAAACUCCUACUGCACUUUAUCUUUUGCCUUGAACAAACUUAAGAACAAAAUGUGAUCGUACACUAAAGCUCGAUAAGGCAGGCCAAAAUGAUCAAUGGUUCGACUGUGUACUUGUUGGUGAAACACCUUCAUGCAGACUUCUUGUGACAGUUGAAGGUUUGUUCUCUGACUGAUAAACGAGUGACCUCGAUGUCGAGCUCCUGAGAUCAUUAUUCUGUUGUAGAUGAAAGAUUGCUUAUUGUUUUUUUCUUUGUACAGUAAAAUUUUAAAA